UACAAAUUUAAAACAAGAGGUUAACUGAAUCUUACGCGGAACUACUCGACUCUGCAAGUCUUUGAAGCUCAAACAUUUCUUUCAUUAUCGAUUACGGGUUACACUCUAACAGGAGUACUAUUCAUCUUACUCUCUGAUGAUGACUUCUUUUUUUAAUUCGCAGAAUAUAAUACAGAUUUAAACACGCUUUCAUUUUUGCAAGUGUAUCGCAAAUCUCACCCAUCACCUUAAUUCUUCUAUAUUCAUACCGUUUAAAAGAGACAACACUCCUUUUUAUUUCUGGGCAUAAUAAACGAAUUAGAAUGUCUACUGAGUUCGUAAAACUCGUUUCAUGUGAUGGUUUUGAGUACAUUUUGAAGAAAGAAAUAGCCUGUGUUUCUGGGACCAUAAAAACCAUGUUGGAAGACGCAAAAUUUGCAGAAGCACAAAAUAACGAAUGUCACUUUCCCGAAAUUAGAUCCGACCUGUUAGAAAAAGUUUGCGACUAUAUGCACUACAACUUUACUUAUAAGAACCAAACAGAUGUUCCAGAUUUCGACAUCCCUCCCGAAAUGGUAUUGGAAUUACUAGUGGCCUCUGCUUACCUUGAUGUAUGAGAGUACAAAGAGUCGAGCGGUACCCGUAUACUGAGUGUGAGUAAGCUGACCGGCAACUCUCUCAUUUUCAGGUGAUCGCAUGGACAAGCACCCUUUUUAGUGAAGUUAUCACUGUCACGGAAACAACAACAGUGUUCCUCUGUUUUCACCAUUAUUUUGGAAUGUUGCCUUCCAGUAACAUUGCCUCUAGUUUGUUUAUUUCAGCAAUAGAAGUGGCAUUUUUAAUGGUUUGUUUAAUUUUUUCCCUUUCUUCCUCUGUCAGCAUGUAACCCGUUACAACUUCUCCAGUAGCAGGACCUUGAGCUUGUUGCAAAAUGGUACCCAGAUCAAACAUGCGACUCUUCACACCCAUGAUGGAGGUAGCCACCUCAGUAGGAUGUUCAAGUGUCCCGAAGAGUUCUUCAGCUCUUAAGCGCUCGUUUCGACGAACACGUUCAUAAUCGAUAAUGCGAAGUGAAGGAAUUCUCCAAACCAAGUACAAGCGAUAGUACUGUUUUUGAGUAACUGGAUUAUCCAAGCAGCACAGCUGUUCCAGCCGUGUGCAUUUUGCUAAGGGAUCCAAAUUGGCAAGCUCCUGUAUGUGAUUCUGAGCAAGUACCAAGUUUUUUAAAUUGGGCAGAACGUCACCAAGCUCAGAGGCAAUAGAUGAAAUGCGGUUCCGAGCACAAAGCAAUGUCUCUAAACGGAGCAUGCGAGGAAAGUUUCCAAGGUAACGAAUGUCGUUAUCUGUGAAGUCAAUGGCGUCGUUAACAUCCUUAAGAACACCCAAGUUUUCAAUUAAAGGAAUUUGAUAGCCUGUGCAAUGUAG